AUCUCGCUUGCAUUGCCUUCUGAAAACAGAGCCUCAGCUAAGGGGACAGACAGCCAAAUAAAACAAUGUUGUCACAAAGUGCCCUCAACAAGGAGAGGAGAGAGCAAGCAUCGGCCAUUUUGAAGGAAAUCCAAGGAAAUGCUGGAAAUGAGUCAGAUGGCUUGGACUUUGGGAAAAAGAUCAGCGUCCCACGGGACAUUAUGCUUGAGGAGUUAUCCCACGUCAAUAACCGCGGUGCGAGACUUUUUAAGAUGCGUCAGAGGAGAUCGGACAAGUAUACAUUUGAAAAUUUUCCAUAUGCAAUGAAGCCACAGACAGCUCAAAAUCAAGUCAAUCAAAAUGGAAACACAGAAGGAAAUACAUUGGAUGCCAACCAGCAAAUCUCUCCACAGACACCUCCUAACACACCAGAUCCUCGCAGUCCUCCCAACCCUGAAAACAUUGCACCAGGAUAUACAGGCCCACUCAAAGAAAUACCCCCAGAGAAGUUCAAUGAAACUGCUGUUCCUAAGUAUUAUAUGUCUCCAUGGCUAGAAGCCAUCAGCAAUGAACCAGAACUCCUUGAGGCCCUGUACCCCAAAUUGCCUGUACCUGGGCUAAAGGAUGAGAUUCCUGACUACAAGAGCUUCAACAGAGCUGCCACUCCUUUUGGGGGAUUUGAAAAUGCAUCAAAACGAACCACUUUCAAGCUCCCUGAGUUUGAUCUAUCUCCAAUGAUUGAUCCUGCUGUCAAUAUGUCACCAAACCCUCUGAACACAAGACGAUCCUUUAACAGAAUGGCUCAGGGAUGGGCAUCUGAAUACAUCCCUAUCUUUUCUUCUGACCCCAUCCUCAGUGCUGAAAUUCCUGAAUCUGAUGAUCUGUAAAUGGCUGAGAAUUCUGCCAUACAGUCUUCACAGCCUCAAAUGAGACAGCUUGCUUGGCAUGUUGUAGCUAUCUAGAACCGAAUGUACAAUGUCUAAUGUAUCUAUGUUUGCACUUGUAUCUGUAUGUUUAGGUCUAUUAUAAAUAAACAAAUAAAAUCCUAAUUUCCA